GUCACCUGUCAACUCUCAGCUUAGUUGAUGAUAAUAUGAUAAAAAAUAAGAACGGAUAACGUAUAAAAAACAGUUUCAGUUUCAUAUGUUAUAUGAGUUGUAAAUCAUUAAAUACUAUUCAGCGCAAUGCCUUUUUUACGAUUGACUCGUAAAUUUAUAUGUGGUGUGAAAACCUUGAAUAUAACAAGCAGCUCGAGUUUUCUUAACAUUUCACGAAAUCUAAUGUCAAAAAGUCUGUAUUAUUGUGAAUUUGGUGAUCCAAUCCAAGUAGUUAAAUUCAGGGAAUUAGAAGUGCCACCUCUUAAAAGCCAAGAAGUUCUAGUGCGCAUGCUAGCAGCUCCGGUCAACCCGGCAGAUAUUAAUACAAUUCAAGGUAGAAAUCAUUGUCUGCCACAUUUACCUUGUGUACCUGGUGAUGAAGGGGUUGGUGAAGUAGUUGAAAUCGGUAAUAAAGUUUGCACUGUUGAUCCCGGUGAGCGUGUAGUUCUAACUUCAAGGGGUCUUGGAACCUGGCAGUACUACGGCAUAUAUCAUGAAAGAGAUGUCCACGUUAUAUCCCCUAAUAUCCCUCUUCCCGAAGCAUCCAUGUUAACUAUCGCUCCGUGUAUGGCAUAUAGAAUGUUAAAAGAUUUUAGAAAGAUCAAACCAGGUGAAACAGUCAUACAAAAUGCUGCCAAUAGUGCCUGUGGACAGUGUGUAAUACAGCUUUGUAAGGCUUGGGACAUUAAUACUUUCAACAUUGUUGCUAAUCAUUGUAAUUAUGAAUUUGUAAAAGAACAUCUCUUGAGUAUCGGUGCAACAGCCGUACACACUCUUGAAGAGGCUGAAGAACUUACAACAUUUAAUACAUCAUUAUCUAGACCUGUAUUAGCUUUAAACUGCUUAGGUGGUAGGUUUGAAGAUGUAAUGUUAAGACUUCUCGAGAACAGUGGUACCAUAGUAUACUACGGAUCUGCUUUUCAUAUACCAAUUGCGAAACAUAUUGUACGCGGUGACGUGUUAUUUAAUAGAUUUCAUCUUUCGGAAUGGGAUGCUUAUGCUGGUGUAAUUGAAAAAGAUGUAAUGAUGAAUAAUAUUAUAAAACUAAUGGUGAUUGGAAAAUUUAGAGCACCUUCUUAUCAACCCUUGGAACUUAAAAAUUAUGUACAUGCAUUUAGAAAUACUGUUAUUUGUGAAGCAUUUUCUACUAACAGUUACGUAUUUGAUUUUACUUUAACAUAAUUAAAUUGGGAUUUUUUAUUAAAAACAAAAAUUAUUUAAAUAAAUUUAAAAUUGAAUGUUUUUUUUGUAAAUCAAAUGAUUAUAUUAUAAAUUAUUUAUUUAAAUUAAAUUAUUAAAAUGUUAUGUC